AUGGGAUGCGGUCGCCGUUCAGGGCGCUGCGCUUCUGACUCUCCGUCUCCAGCCCUUUCCGCUCGACUGUCGCCCCAUGCUCUUGCGGCAGGCUUGUGGCAGACAUCUGGUGCUGGUCACGAGCCAGGCCAUCGUCGCCACGUCGCGCCCACCGUUGGCACCGCCGUCGCCGGCAGUCGUCCCCGGCGGGAGGCCCCUCGCCUCUGCCCGCAAGCAGCGGCCGGGCGUGGGCCGCCAGUCUGGGAAGCCCGCGCGCCAGGGCGACCUUUGGCUCAAGCAACUCUGGCCGCUCGGCGCUGGCCCUUGCCAGCCAGGUCACGAGCCCCGUGGCCCCGCCGCCGCCCACAGCCGGCCAUGCCCCGUCUGCAGCUCGCCGCAGCCCUGCUGCUGCUCUGCGGCUCCCUGACGGCUCCGCGAGCCCAGGAGAUGCAGCAGCCCCUGCUCGUCGACGACGAGUGCGCCGCCGGCGACGCCGCUGGCGACGAGGUGUGCGGCGUGAAGAUGCUGCAGACGAGCGCCAGCAAGCAGGACGGCAAGGGCGCGGCCCCGAAUACCAUCCCAGACCUGGCCGCAGAGGCCGGGGCGGCCGCGGCGCGCGCGGCCGCCGAGGCGCUGCUGCAGAGGCAGUCCGGCGACGGCGCCGAGGCUGCGGCUGCGAUGGCCCAGGAGCGCACCGUUGACGGGGGCGCCCAGGGGUCGGGGUCACUGGACCGCGCGACCGUGCGCAAGACCUGCGGGUCCACCGGCAGCAGGUGCUAA